CCAGCUCUUCUCUUCAGUUAGAGGGGAGCACUAAGACUAGAUGGCUCACUCUGAUAGCAGGGAACGAGGGACUUUGGUAGGACUGUCUCAUCGCAGAAGGGAAGAGAAUGCAUUGGGACAGGGAGAGUGAGAUGGGCAGCUUCUUCACUCCCAGUAGAACAGUGAGAAACUGAACUGAAACUGAGAUGGAUGGAGCUUACAUGCGAUACAUCAUGUCAGGGACCAUGGUUAUGAUGAAGCUCUCUGCCCUCCUCAUUGCCUAUUUCCUGGUCAUUUGUCAGAUGUACAGCUCACAUGCAGCUCCAGCCAGAACUGGUUUAGAGUCCAUGACAGACCAAGUCACGCUAACUGACUAUGAAGCCCGAAGGCUACUCAAUGCCAUCGUCAAGGAGUUUGUUCAAAUGACUUCAGAGGAACUGGAGCAACAAGCCAAUGAAGGAAAUAGCAGCGUUACAGCACAGAAGCGUGCGUGCAAUACUGCCACAUGUGUCACCCACCGCCUGGCUGACUUCCUGAACAGAUCAGGAGGAAUGGGCAACAGUAACUUCGUCCCCACCAACGUGGGCGCCAAGGCGUUCGGACGACGAAGGAGAGACAGCCCCAUGACAGCACCUAUGUGAAUGUGUCAACAGGCCUCAGGGAUUUGAGUAUGAGCCCUUUAGUGAGACAACAGUACAUCCUGUCCUGAACCAACUACAGACAUCUGGGAAUGACAACGCUUCACUGUUUAAAAAAAAAAACCUUCAAACUACAGAACUGAUUUCCUGCAUACCUCUUGCAUACUCUGUGUUACCGAUAUUCAUUUUUGCUCUAUAACCAUGAGGAGACAAACUAGAAAAGAUUGCAACAAAAAUGAAAGAACUAACUUCUGUUAUGUCAAUUUUCACCAGAUCAUUACCCUGUACAAGCCAGUUGGUUCUGUCCCGUUUUGGCUUAGAGCACAUGUACAGUUUGACCCUGACUCCCCACCCCUCCUCUCUCCUGUGUCAGCAGCACACUGCAGGGGGGCGGAGACUACAUCAAGCUCCGCCCCCACAAGCUUCCCUGACCAUGGCUGUGUCUUGUGCCUUGAUGUUGACCACUUCUUCACGUUUCAUUAAUUGUACAGUAUGUUUAAAGAGUGAAAGGAAAAAGAUAGAACAAUCUAAAUAUUGUAACAAUUGUGAAUCUA